CCUAUAGAAAUCUAGGUCACCGGUCGGUACGAUGUCAUUAUUAUUCUUCACAUUGUGCAUUCGCUCAGCUCAGCUGUAUUUUUUGUUGGUUCCUGGAAAUCGUGAAUUUACCAUCUUUUCAACACCCACUCGAAACCUGAAGCAUACAAGCGGAGUCUUGAACAACUGAGAACGAUUAAAGACUUCACUCUCUUAUUUUUGCCGGGUGGUUUUGGAACAUGCACAAUAGGAACAGCAACAAAUUCUGAAGUAAGCAAGGAAAAAAAACCAAAAAGACUUUUCCAAGAUGGACACCAGUCGUCCCUGACACAGCGCUUCACUGUUUCCGACACAUUGCUAUGGUUGUACGAGUCAAAAGGGCAAAGGUCAAGCGUCUCCACAGGUCGUCUAGUCGGCUGUCAGAAAUGCUUGGGUUUUCGGGAAUCAAUGCAGCGAUUUCCGGCUUCCAAGAACAGAUCGGUGCGUAUGACAAAGAACUAUGGGAGGAGCAUGUUGAAAUCAAAGAGCUGAAUAUCCAGGGUCUAGCUGCACACAGUAUCCCCUUGCGGACUGGUCGGCUAAAAACUGAACUGAUUGACAUUGACCUUGUCAGAGGUUCGACAUUCACUAAAGCCAAACCAGAGCAUUCGUUAGGGGCCAGUGCUCGCAAAGGACUAAUCAGGGUUGUAUUUUUCCCCCUCUACUACCGAUGGUGGAAGCAACAGCUGUCAAAAUGGAUGCUGGUGUGUUUGUUGGUGCUGUAUGUCCUCCAGUUAUUCUCCUGCACUGUAUAUUUUGCGUAUUCGCCAAAUGAUGGACAACAGCCGAUUUUUUUCACUGAGGUGUUCACGCCUGUUAUCCUGGCCUUAGUGCUGGGCACCGUCUACUCGCUGGUAGUCUGCACCACCGUCAAGAAAUCUAGAGCGUUGCGUCGCCGAAUGACUAGGCGAAGCCGUCAAGUCAAGACCAAACAGCGUAAAGCCACGUCUGAUGAAGGCUCAGGCAACUACUCGAAGAAACGCGGAAUGCGACGCAGCCAGUCCCUGCCCUGCACAGCCGACACCUACUUCCAGAUGCGCCAGGCGCGCCGCAACAUCACGCGCCGUUUUUCGCGGCCGGGGAUCGUUGUGGAAGACAGCGCCACGGGGCGCCGGGAGAGCCUGGUUGAAGGCAUGGACGAGGCGAGCGUGGAAGACGGCCUUGGGAUGUCGGGUACCACUGGCGGGAAACCGGUGAAAUACAUCCAGUGUAUUGAAGGCGACGAGACGACCGGUUUCACGGAAGAAGACUUCACCCUCUUGGGAAAGCCAAUAGAAGAGUCCAACAUCGCCGGCGAAAUUCUCCUACCAGACCAGGACCCGAAUGCCGACGCUGCCAUCGUUUUCACAACAUCACGUUCUGAUUCCCUCCUGGCAGCAGAAGAGCCUGAGGUCAAAGGUCAGGGGUCAAGUGAGCCAGCAGAGGAGAGCCAGGGUUACGUGACCCAGAAGCCGGGGGCAGAAGUCGGGACCGUUGAGAUCUCAAACGUGUCUCUACUUGAACGAGCCCAAAAAUCCUCGGUCACACACUUCAGCGAUGACGUCUCGGACAACCCCCAUCAUGCCUCGGACAGCGAAGGCCCCACGGAGGACAUGGAGGACAGAGGUCGGGAACGCAGCCUGAGAGGUCGCGCCGGGGUCAGGAAAGGUCGGCGCAAGCGGCAGGAGUAUGGGAGCUCCAACGAUUCCGACAUGGACACACGACCAGUCCGACAAUGCAAGUCACUAAUGGAGGAUCCCCAUCUAAGAGGCCCGUCCCGGUCCGGCGAUUCAGACAUGGAUGACCCAAGCUGGGGCGAGACUGCGGAAGAGGUGUCCUCUUCAGGAACGUCUAGCGAGUCGAGCGAGAGUGAUUCCUCUGACUCGGACAACGAAAAGAACGAGGAGAUUCCACACUUUGAAGAUCCGUUCAAACUCUUGCCGGCGACUGUUACGAGCACGCCAAGCGCUUGCACUAACACAGAAAAGAUCCGCGUACGCAUCUUCGAAGGCAACGAGUGUAAGAAGACCGAUCUGAGCGUGCUCGAAAUCAGCUGCUACAUCAACACCAAGGUUCACAACACACGCAGCAGCUGCGACUACAUCCUCAUUGGCGCCCUCUGUGCUGCCAUCCUGGCCAGCAUACCCAUCAGUUUCAGAUUGCGUGGCGUGUCCUUUCUGGACUUCGAUCUAUCUUGGCUGACCUAUUCCCGGCUCCAGAGGGCAGCAGAUUCUUUUCGGCUCAACACGGCCGCCUACAUCGUGAUAGGACUCUGCAGCAUGGAACGCUUCGCGCUUAGUCUCAUGUUCUUUUUCCUGUUGUCCGUCGCUGAGAAAACUUAUAAACAGCGUUGCCUUUUCGCAAAGUAUUUCUCCCACCUUACGUCAACCCGCCGAGCUCGCAAGUCGGGCCUACCCCACUUCCGUCUGGACAAAGUCAGCAACAUCAAAGCGUGGCUUUCGCUGAGGUCGUUCCUCAAGAAACGUGGACCCCAGCGCUCGAUUGAUGUCAUUGUGUCGUCAGCGUUCAUGCUGACCCUAUGCCUGAUGUCUGUGCUGUGCGUUGAGAUGCUUCAGAAAGAGUUCAAGUUCCUGUCCCACCUCUUCAACUGGGAGCUGAUUGCCUGGACGUUCUGCAUGUGUCCGUUCCUACUUAGGUUCAUGACGCUGGGCUCCAACAUCAACCAAAAGUUCCGCAACACGUCUGUGCUAUUAACUGAACAGAUUAAUCUCUAUUUGCACAUGGAGAAAAAGCCACACAAGAAGGAUGAUCUGAUGCUGGUGAACAACGUACUUAAACUUGCCUCUAAACUCCUUAAGGAAAUCGAGACUCCCUUCAAGAUUGCCGGCAUGGCUAUGAACCCGGUUCUCUACAACAUCACAAGAGUUGUGGUCUUGUCGGCUUUCUCUGGCGUCCUCACCGAGCUGCUGGGGUUCAAGUUGAAGCUUUGGAAGAUCAAGGCCACAUGAGGGAAAUAUUCUCAGAAGGGUAGCCACGUUCAUUUAUGGCAGCCAUAUGCAUAUCAGUAUAUCCAAUCAAAGGGGCAGACAUUUGUGUCAAGUAAAACAAAUCAAUCAAAGCUGAACUCUGAUUGGCUGACACAAUUGUUAAUAUCCAAUGGAAUGUAUUCAUGAGUUUCCACCUGGUUUGUUCCUGAAGAUAAAUCAAAAAUGUCGACACCUGUCAAAAAUAUGUAAAUUCUAUUUAAUAAAUAUAAUAUAUAACCAAAAUAUUCAGCAUUUGUUAUAAUUGUUGUGUCGACUUAGAAGCCUGCCAAAGAAAUUAUAAAAAUUCUUGACAGUUGCGGUGAAUGUGUAAGUGAUUUUUGUUGGUUGGUAGAUAUGACCAAUCAAAUUGCAUCAUUGGAACAGCUUUAUGUAAUGAGGUUUCCUAUUGGUUGACCUCAAGAUGUGUUGUUAUGGAUUGACCAAUCACAGGUUGUGACAUUGAGUCUCAAAAAAAUUGCAUUGAAACAACAGCCUCAAUUGGUUGGCUAGGGUUGCCAAGAGUCCGUGAUGUUCCAUUAACCAAUCACAAAGACCGUCUCUUAGACUGACAACAGCAUUUUACUAAGUAAGUUUCUAAUUGGUUGGGAGCUGGUUUUCGCAACUGAUUUAAAGAGUAAAUGUAUAUUAACAUUUAGCAAUGAUUAUUGAAAGUCUGAUUUCAUUGUUACCUAAAAUGAACAAAAUCCCAAAGAUAUUUGCGAUGUUUGUAAUACAUUGUAUGUUGUAUUGCCGUGGCUGUAUUAUUAUUUUUUAACUUUUAAGCAACGUUCUUUUGCAGAACAUUGGUAAUGUUAUUGUUUUGUAAAAUGCAAUGAAUUUGUGUCGGAGUAAAUAUCUAAAUUUGUGGUGCUUUUUAGCAAAUUGUCAAGACAGGUGUUUGUUUUCUCCGUCUUACAUGUAUUUAUAUGAAAAUACUCUUAGUAUUAUUGUUUUGAAGGAAUGUUUGCACAUAACUUUUUUUGACGUGACAUUGUUAUUUAAAUGAGUUUGUUGUUAUAUUUAGCACUGUUUUCUAGUGCUCAAAGGCAAAAAAAAAUUAAAAUUUUGAGAUUCUUACCCAAACAAAUUCAUCAAAGUGCUA